GAGUUGUAGUUGGAAAACAAAUUAAGGCAGCCAAUUCUGACUGAUGGGAAUGGCUUAAAAAUUAGAACAGAAAGCUCCAGGUAUGCUUUUCUUGGACUAAUUUUUAAUAUUGAUACAUUACAAAAAGCAUUUGAAAUGUAGGAGAAAGAAAAGGAAAGAAAGGGCUUCUAAUGAGGAGAUUAUAUGUCAGCUAAAAAAGGAAAAGCCUAGAAUAUGCAUAAUAUAUUUAUAUACAUUAAAAUUCAGAGCAGCCUUAUUAAUUUGUUCUUUCUUCAAAGAGCAAACCUCUUACCAGGUGUAUGGUUGCAGAUUCAUGGAUUCACUAAAGUCUAUUUUCUUCACGGGUAAUCUUGAGUCAUUCCAGUUCAAAAGUUCUCACGCAAAAUCUAUUUUCUCUCCAGAAAUUGAGAGAAAGAAGCCCAGAAAAGAUAAAGAGAAAUUUGAUAAAGGCAAUUACUCACCACCCCAUCACAGAAGGCAGAGAGGGGCAAUAAAUAACAGAGUUCACAUUUUGCUAUCAGCCACCUAAUACUCACCCAAACAUAUCCAAGAACUUGAUCAAAGAUUCAUUCUUCAAGCUGGGUUCUCCGGAAAAAUUUCACCUUCGUAUUUUCUGUUCUUGACUUAUGAAGGUGUGUUUAGCUAUGUCCGCAGAAUCAAGCUCUGGUUCAGGUGAUCAUGGGGGACACAUCAAAGGGGUUCCUACUCAUGGCGGAAGAUAUGUUCAGUACAAUGUGUAUGGAAAUCUCUUUGAAGUUUCAAGAAAGUAUGUCCCCCUCAGACCCGUAGGCCGUGGAGCUUCUGGCAUUGUUUGUGCUGCUGUGAACUCCGAGACACGGGAAGAAGUGGCAAUUAAGAAGAUUGGCAAUGCAUUUGACAAUAUAAUUGAUGCAAAGCGGACACUUCGGGAAAUUAAACUCCUGCGCCACAUGAAUCAUGAUAAUGUGAUUGCAAUAAAAGACAUCAUACGACCUCCCCAAAAAGAAAAUUUCAAUGAUGUCUACAUUGUCUAUGAACUCAUGGACACCGAUCUUCAUCAGAUUAUUCGGUCCAACCAACCACUGACCAAUGACCAUUGUCGGUACUUCCUUUACCAAGUCCUACGUGGACUUAAGUAUGUCCACUCCGCCAAUGUCUUGCACCGUGAUCUGAAACCAAGCAAUUUGCUUAUUAAUGCUAAUUGUGACCUGAAAAUCGGAGACUUUGGGCUGGCAAGGACAACAUCUGAGACUGAUUUUAUGACUGAGUAUGUUGUUACUCGUUGGUAUCGGGCCCCAGAACUUCUCUUGAAUUGUUCGGAAUACACUGCUGCAAUCGAUAUCUGGCCUGUAGGUUGCAUAUUUGGUGAGAUCUUAACAAGAAGGCCUCUAUUUCCUGGCAAAGAUUAUGUUCAUCAGCUGAGGCUGAUCACUGAGCUCAUAGGGUCCCCGGAUGAUGCCAGUCUUGGGUUUCUAAGAAGUAACAAUGCUCGGAGAUACGUUAGGCAGCUCCCCCAAUACCCGAGGCAGCAGUUCUCUGCCAGAUUUCCAAACACCUCCCCUGGAGCUCUGGAUUUACUAGAGAAAAUGCUUGUUUUCGACCCUAGCAGGCGUAUCACUGUUGAUGAGGCUCUCUGCCACCCCUACUUGGCGCCGCUUCACAACAUCAACGAGGAGCCGGUCUGUCCCCAGCCUUUUGUGGUGGAUUUUGAGCAGCAAUCUCUUACUGAGGAGAAUAUCAAGGAGCUUAUCUGGAGGGAAUCGGUAAAAUUCAAUCCAGACCCAACUCACUGAGGGCUGUGUUUGUGUUUGUGUAACUUAUGUGCCUAUACUCUCUUGACUCACACACGUAAAAGUUCUGUCAUGCCAUUCCAUGGAAAUGAGAAAUAAUUUGUAGCAGAGCUUUAUAGUUAUCAGUGAUAUGCAGCAGCAAUAUUGUUCUUAGGCUUUGUAUCUGCUCUUCAUUUGACUGACUGUUAAGGUUUUAUAUGGACAUGCAUGGCUGUGGCUGUCUUUCUAUUUC